GUUUUACGUUUCCAGGUCUCGAAAUGAAUAUGUGCUGUGGUACACAUGUUCGUAAUCUGAGUGAUUUACAGGUAAUACACUUUCUUGAACUAAACUAAACGAAACUUAUUUUCUCAUUUCUAACCAGUUCUCCCGAAAGUUCCAGUGAGUCUAUCCCUUAAUCGCCCAUUGUAACUACAGAAGAAAAGAAACUGGAAGCGUUCUGGACCUUGAAAUAACGGUCGGACAUUCGGCAUGUGUGUAUACAGGCUCGGAUCCCAGUCGCUAGAGUUCUCGGCAAUCCGAGCCCGUGUGAACAAAGCCCUCUAUCAAGUACCUCUAUUUCCUUAUUGCCUUGUAAUAAUGAAGAGUCUAAUAGGCAAUUCCAGCUUUUAAUUUAUGCGUGUAGGGGAUGAUGGGAAGUAAUGUAUCCAUUGCUGAUUAUGCUGAAAAAUUUCAAUAAAAACUGCCGAAACAACCGAAAUUUACAAGUAUAAGCUAUCACUCCGUGUUUACACGGCCACCAUUUUUAUUUUUUCAGCAUAAUCAGCAAUACCUUACUUCCCAUCAUCCCCUGCAUGCAUAAACUAAAAGCUGGAAUUGCCUAUUGUGAACAAGCCUUAGUAAGUAUCUCUGUUUCCAUAUUGCCUUACGGUAAUGAAGAGUCUAAUUGUAAAUGUUUUAGAUGAUAAAACUUCUUCAUACUGAGCCGACAAAAGGAUUGCUUCGAUUGUUUUUCCUGGCUGGAAAAAGAGUUUUGGAUUUUACCCAUAAAGCCUUGGAUAACGAAAAAGGUCUUACAAAGAUUUUAAGGUUGGUCGAUAAUUUCUUAAUUAUUAAUCUUUGAGUAACUGACCUGGAGCAAACAAUUCUACACGGCUAAAAACGCACAGGUUGUUCCAAGUUGAUAUCAACAGGCGUGAACAAUGUUGUGCGGCCAACUAUGAACAAGUAAUUGUCAACCAUGUUCUUCGAAGUUGUUACAGUUGAACAAUGCUGUAACAACAUGUUGACAAUACUGUUCAUAGUGGGCCGCACAACCUUGUUCACGCCUGUUGAUAUCAACCUGGAACAAGUUGUUGAUUUUCUCAAUUUUUACGCGUGUAGUCUGCAAACUUCUGAAUAAUUGUUUUCUCUGUAGUUGUGGUCCUGACGAACAUGUUACGAUGGUUGAUAAAUUACAGAAGUCACUGAAAGCCGCCAAUAAGGUCAGUCUUGGUUAUUCAAUAUACCCGUAUAGAACAAAUUUUGGGUGUCUCACAGCGAGUCUCACAGAGUUCAGCACACCGUUGAAGAUUGCUAUUGAGAACUGGACUCAGUAGCUCAUGCAGUGGUCAGCGCUGUACCAUACAGAUUCGGGUCUUGCCGGAGAGCCUGUAUAGUUGCAUUUCCCCUGCUGCUCCCGAUUAGGUGUUAGAUAUGUAAACUAUAUACAAGUUUUUCGAAAAAGUUUCCAUCUAUACGAAGAUUAAGUGUAGAAUUUUCCAUCUUCUAUUUAGGUUAAUAGAUCGCAACUGCGAGAGUUAGCGUUACUCGAAGCAUACAAAAUUAAAUCAGGGGACAAAAAGGAACCAUAUGUCUGCAUUCACAGGUGAGACAUUACCUAAUUGCCAUACGACAUAGUAUUUACUGUACAGUUUAUUAUUCCAUAUUUUAUUUUCUUAUAUACAGUGUAUGAGAGGGUAUUCCCAUGGGCCAUGUUCGACGUAUCCGGUGAAAAGGGAAUGCGCCCCAUGCAGAUGUCGUAGCCGGCCAGUGCAGUAGAUAAUAUGGUAUCCGACCAAUCUCGUCCCCGCCCCCUCUUAACCGAUGAUUUUGGGUUCGAGAUUGGUAUCCGGCCGGAUAUUUUCAAAUAUUUCAAAAUUUGGCAAAAGUCAAUUUGGCUUUUGAACUUUGACCAAACGGUUCUGCAACUAUGCAUGCUACCAAUGUUAGGCUGAUGUCUUUUCCCAUCAUUUCAAGUCAAAAUAUACAUGAUGUACAUCCCUACUUUAAGCCUAGUUCUCAUUCAUCGUAAACCGUCGGCGACGGCUUGCGAUUUAUGAGAACGCAUCAAAAAUUAUAUCGCCGAUUGUCCGUAAUCGUCGCCGACCAUCGGCGAUGACAUCGCAGGAAACAAAAAAGUUUGUUUCUUGCGACCAUCGCCGACUGCCAUCUGCUUGGAAAAUCUAUGAGAAAUGAGUAAAAGUUGUUUUUUCCUCAACAAGCAAGGAAAUAAUCAACUGAAGUUUGACAGAAAUCAUGAACUUUACGUUGAAUGGGGCAAUUUUGUGCCUUGGUGGGAAAUUUCGAAACACAUUGGCUGUCAUCUGCUACGAUCACCGAUGUAUGAGAACUUUCGUGCAUUCGCGCUCGGCGAGUAUCGGCGAUAAGCGUCGCCGAUCGUCGGUGACAGUUUGCGAUGAAUGAGAACUAGGCUUUAUGAGCAACUCAAAUUAUUAUUUGUCCUAGAAAAGAAGGCCUGAACCUCAUGUGAACAUCCUGCAUCCGGCUGGAUAUUUUUUAACUAUGCGGUAUUUUCGGUCAGACAGCGAAAAGCAAUAUUCACUAAAUUCCUAGAGUUGCCUGUAUGAAGAAGUUACCUAAUAUGUAGUAAAGUAUGUCUGCAAGCAAGCUAGCGAUAAUUUGUUUCUAUCUUUAAAGAGAUGAUGCCGAUAUGGAAUACAUGAAUACUAUUGCUAAUGAGCUAAAGGAUCAGGUAUUACCAUUAAAACGUAUCAAUCCUGUUCUCUACAGAGAUGUAGUUGUAGAAAGGGCACCUUUAGUGGUGGCGGUGAAAACCGGGAGGUGACUUCCUAAGGAGAAACCGCGAUAGAAUCUCUAAGCACUCUUCCAACAUUAUGGCGGAAUUUUGACCAGACUACUGCAUAUACAACCUCGUUUCCAGGCUCUUCCCUCUUGUUCAGGAAAGACCCUGGUUGGGGCUGGUCACGUGGGAACGAGGUUGCUGCAUAUAUUGCUUGAAUCGAACCAGGGUAAUAGAGCUGAAUUCCCACUAUACCAAUCAGCGUGUAUGUCCCACUUUUUUCGAGGUCAAACUAUCGUGCAUUCUUAUCAGCCACCCUGCACGAAGGUCUUAAAUUAAUGGCAACAAACAUAUUUCCUAUUACCUACAGGACAUCUUGUUAUUUAUUACUUGUGGCGCUGCCAAAGGUUCAGGACAGUUCCUCCUUGCCGGGCCGGAAACUGCAGUUGCACAGCUUGGCUCUAAGUGAGUACCAGUUAUGAUUUUACGGUGAAUGCAUGUAAGUCGGAAUGGCCGUACAGAAUGGCAUGAAAAAUUGGUUAGGGGUCAGUAAAUGUCUCGAAAUUUGUGUUCGUAUGCCAUUCCGUCUUUUACGCGUUCACCGAUGAUUUUAUUAUACGUCAGCAACAAUUCAAUCAAAUAAGCGAGAUAAAUACCCCUGCCUGGGAUGGUAAGAUGAUUGUUAGGUUUAGGUGCUGUUUAUAUCCGGAAUGAUUCGUCUCACGAAACUCUUUCCUUUUCGAUAGAAGAUUUGGCUUAAUUAACUUAAAGACGAGUUUACUCCUAAUCUAAACCAGUAUCUUAGCUAGCAUUUUAUAUCUUGGGCAUGUUUCUAAAUUUCCAGGGUGUGCCCAUGUCAAUUGCCUUGGAUAGCAAAAAAACACGAUUCCAGUUAUGUUCGCCAACAAUAGAUUACACCUGUGGUUUUUCUAUGCUUUUCAAUCAGAUACAAGGCGAGCAUAUACACUCAUAUUUCGCACCGACAUAAUAAGUUAUUUUAGACACUCUUGGGGGCAUUUGAAGCCAUUUUAACAUCCAUACGGUGCCCAUUAUCCAUCAAAACAUUAAAACAUCACGGAUCACUUUUACCAAUUUCAACAACUACAGUAGAUUUUACAAAGAAAUUCUGUAUGUUGUAAGUAGCAACACCUAGUGUAGUAACACCUAAUUUUAUGAACCUACAUGCAUGCAUGCAUGCAUGCAUGCACGGCCAAAAAUAAAUAAUGAAGCCGCCUUCAUUUCAUCUAGCCGUGUUUUUCCAUUUUUGGCCGCGAUAACACGGCCUUCUAGCUAAGACCCUGAUCUAAACCAAUAUUGCGGUUAAUUCUCUGGGUUAAUUAGUCAGCCCGGCUAGCUGAUCUGAUAUAAAAUGCCCCUGAGCCAAUAAUUUGUUCUAUUUUAGGGUUGCUGAAUUAUUGGAAGGUAAAGGAGGAGGGAAGAAAGGCCGCUUCCAAGGGAAAGCAAAUAAACUAUCUGGACGAAGCGCUGUUGUAAAAUUAUUACAAGAAUAUUCAGCAGGUUCCUAGUCGAAUAAAACUGCUUUUUGUGAAUAUAAUUAAUUAAUAUACGUUUCUCUCUUAUCAAUAUAAUCUUAUACAUUUUUGUCGAGGAAUAGUAUAUGACUGAAGAGCACAUACCAAUAGACCCAUUGCACUUGACGUUACAGCGCCGGUGAUGAUGCAUCUGGAGAACAAAUUAGCAAUCUAUGCAUAAUAUAACUUUUGUAAACAAAGCAAAUUUUGUGAAAUUUUAUAAUAAUUUUGUAUUAAAAUGGUUAAUUUUUGCGCUGUAGUGGUUGUUGUACCCGAACAGAUAUUGUUAGGGAGCAUCUGGAGGACACUUUAAGGAUUUGUGACGUCAGUGGCCAGUGCAAUGGGUCUAUAAACUUAAUCGGCUGUCGCAUGUUUAUUAUGCUCAUUGACAUCUAAUUUCCAUUUCGGAUACUCGUAGUAUGUAUAGUUAUUAUUGUCCUAAAAAUGUAAGCAUAGAAUGGAACAAAGGUAACCAUGCAAGCAUUUAGAUUAUGUAUGCCGAGUAAAUAGACCCUUCCGGAAAGCAAUUAGCCUGGCCUAUAGUCUCGUUUUUGGGAAUGGGUAUAAAAGGUUCUAGUAUCUUAUCUAAUAUAACUGUAUGUUUUCGUAAUGUGUCGUCACCAAGACAAAGUACUCUAAACCCAAUGCAAUUACAGAAACCAGGCUCUAUACAGCCAAGACUGAGUACUUUCUGGAAAGGUGUACUGGUGACAGCGGACAGUGACAUGCGAUAGCCGAUUAUAGGUCUAUCAUUACAAUAAUAGAAGUGUACUUGUUACAGGUUUGUGAUAAGUCUCCUUUUUGUAUCGGCUACUUCGAGAAGAAGUGAGGAUUUCACUUUUCUCCGAAAAAAAUUGAGCAUGAAAUUCGUGAUGCGAUUAAAACAUGUAAUCGAUUGUGGUCCGUUGUUGCUGUGACUCUUUAUUUGUUAUUGAGUAAAUUGGCGAACGAUAUUACUUUAUUUUGCUCACAUGAUGAGACCUCAGAGACCAGAUAUACAGUCCUUGCAAUUAAUUCAGUCAUCCGCUUCGCCUCGGACGGAACUAAUUGCGCGGACUGGAUAUCUGUCUUUAUAGUCGGAUUUGAUGUAUUACAUCAUCUUUCUAACAGAAGUAAAAGAUUAUAGAAACCAUCGUACAAGAAGUUACUACAGUUAAAACAGCUAUACAUUAAAUUGUUACAUUUAUACAAUAAACAUUACACGGAAACUAGGUUCUUGCAUGAAUGAACACAAUUAAUUAAUAUCAAGCUUAAUCCGUCCACCCUUGUUGGAAAUUUUUUUUAUCAAGUAUUAAUACAUUCACUAGUUUCCCACCAAUACGCGAUUUGUGAUAAAUGUCAGAUAAUUUUCGCUUGUGUGUAGCACUAUGAAGGAUUUCUAUUUCCAUUUUGUAUUCUUUCUAAUAUGCCGGAUAUUUAUUAGUGAGAUACUCUAUAUAUGUCAAAGUAAUCUAACAACAUUUAACUAGCUUAAUUUUGUACACUAAUACAAUGGGUUGUGCUAUACAGUUUACCUUUGAGAUCUGUGUGCCACAAUCACUGCGCGGUCAGAACCGGCGAAGAUAACGUUGAAUUACUCCAAAGUAAAAUUCACCUAUUCGUCAUCAUCAUCGUCAUCCAGCACAGCUUGUCUUGCUCUCUUUGUACGUAUCAGAGGUAUAUCCAAAUCAUCAUCAUCACUACUUUCACUUUCUUCAUCCUCAGACCGACCCCUCUUUCUACCAGCAUUUCCUUCUUCACCACUGUUAUCACUCUCGUCCUCUUCUUGUCCCUCAGGCCGACCACCAUUCCUAAGAACAUGUUCAUCAUCACUGUCCUCACUGUCAGUCUCUAAUCCCUGGGGCUGACCCCUCUUCUUUUCGACAUCGUGCCCCGUCUCCUGCUCGGUAAUUAUUUCUUCAUCCUCCAUACUACCAUGAUCAUCGUGAUUUUCUCCUCCAUUUUCUUCAAUGUGUAUAUGCAGAGCAUCUUCGUCACUCUCAUCACUAUCUUGCAUUCUCACUCUCUUUCGUUUCGGUGUCUUCUUUGCCCGCGGUUCUCUGCUUUCUUCAUUUUCUUCAACGUCAGAUUCUCCAUCACUGAAAGUACAUGUAUACAUACAUUUUCAUUACACAACAAUUUUAGCCAACGUUAACGCAAAUCUCCAUUUACACGAAACCAGGACGAAGAGUUGAGACAAUUUCG